AUGGCUACUGAACUGGAUGCGGCCAUAGUGAAAAGGACACAAAAUUCUCUGGGAAAGUUCGUAAAGCGGCCCGCACUGACCGAAAAACUUCUCCGCAAGCCGCCGUUUCGGUUUCUUCACGAUGUAGUGCACGCGAUUAUUCGGGAGCAUGGCCUACUGGAGGGUUUGUAUACGGUGGAUGAACUAAACUCGGACAAUAUCAAGGACCGCGAUUCGAAAAUGGCGUUUCUGCAAAAGCUCAUUGACGUCGUCAAACUAAUCACCGGUAAAGACCUGAAUGUUCGCCCAUCCAAAGUAGUCGCUGGAUUGGAGGUGGAACGAACCAAUGAACUGCUUCAGGCCAUGGGAUACGCACUCGAGCAGAAAUUGGACAGCGCUGAAAUUGUUCGCCAAUUUCUCGGUGGCGCCAACUCGGACGCCCCCUUUAAUAGGCCAGCAAAAGAACCGGAAGAAAGGGCGGUGCAGAAUAUUGACAUUCGAAAGGAGAAAUCCAAAGAAAAGACUAAAGAUAAGGACCAAUCCGGAAACGAGAAAAAGAAAGAACGUAUCACAAAGUCAAAGGAAAAGGAAGUUACAAAGAAUGGUGUAACGAUCGCGGCUGGCCCAAAACAGGAGAAGGUCAAAAGCAAGCAGAAUGGAUCAAAAGUAGGGCACGAAACGAAAACGAAACCCGACAAGCCCAGCAAGGGCAAAGAGAAAUCUCUCAAACGGAUACCAUCAAUUCCGGAAGAGCAGUUGCAACAGAUUACUCCUCGCGAGUUCGGCCUACCGGAAACCCCUGCGAACGGUAUGGAGCAAUUGGGAGGCAACAAGCAAGCCGAGUCAAGAAAACGACGAGACUCCCAGAAAGAGUUUGGGGAAGUGAUAGCGGCCGAUGAAAACCGAAUGGCGCCUGGUGAUGAUGGUGCUUUGAUUGUGGAAAACGAGGACGAGGGACGCAAACAAAAUGGCACCGGAAGCAAUAGUAGUAGUAGAAGAUCGUCCUUAAAGAAACAGAACAGUUUAACGGCUAGUGAAAAUAACGCCCUAUCGGAGAUGAACCAGUUUAACGGAUUGGAAAAUUCUCCCGGCCCUAGCCGGCAAGACAGUGGGGUUGGGAGCGAUCCUCCAAUGAGACCAGACAAGACCGAGAUGUUACAAGAGGUGGGAGCACCAGAUGCGAUGCCGGUGGUAGGUUUGGUAGCCCCGGCGGAGAAUCAUCGGGUUCUGGGAAAACCGCCGAUGCACCGACAACAGUCGAUCGAAACGGUUAUGCGACCAAGGACAAGCCUUAGACCACCAAGCGUUCGGCCUCCGUCUGCGCGGCCGGGAGCUCCAAGAAGAAAGGAGAAAAACGUGGAGGUCAUUUUGCAGCCAAACGAAACACAGAGAUUGGGAGAAAUCAACGUAAAGAUGGAAGUGUUCAAUAACGAGCUGCUGGACGAUGACGGCGAGAACUUGAUCGUUAUCGAGGAUCCUAUCAGUGCGGUCGAUGCUUACGCUACGAGCCGAACGGGCGGCUUAGAGGACGAUGGGAUCUCGGAGCAGGAUCAACAACAAGAACAGCAAGGCCAUCUGGUGCGGCAGAUCCUUGAAACGCAAAAGGAGUUUUCCUCUCACACCGGACAUGACAACGAAACGGUGCGAAAGGCCGAAACGGAAUGGUCCAUUGGCCAGAGGCAGUCAUCAACUAAGCAAAUGGAAUUGCUCAGAGAAUCGAUACAAAAAUUGACACGCUCAGUCAAUCCGCUCGGCAAACUGAUGGACUUUAUUCAGGAAGACGUCGAUGCCAUGGAAAGAGAACUGACAAACUGGCAACAGAUUUUCGCUCAAUCUAUGGUGGAGUUGAAUAAGGAACGAAGUGCCACGGAAAAUGCGAUCGAACCUUUGAAGCAUCAGUUAUCUCAAAUUGACGUCAACAUAAAGGAGUAUCGCGAGAUGAUCGAUUCGACUCGGGCAAACAUCCUACAGAAUGAACAGAAAAUCGAACGCUUGUACAUGACCGAAAUAUAG